GCGUCGGUGAUGUUGCCCCGGACCAGUGGCGGUCGCCGCCCGCAUGGCCUCGCCGCGGGCGGCGCGAGCAGCGUGACUAAGCUCAUUGCGAUCUGCGUCGCCUCGGUCAUGGUCGUCUACUUCAUCUGGAUGCAGCGCGCGCUCGCCCCCGCGACGCCCGCGAAUCUGCACGAGGCCGCUGCGCUCAACGAAGUGGUCCCGACCGUCCACGCCACGCGCCAAACGCGCAAAUGGACGCGCAAGCCCGGCCGUCGCUAUGUCUGGAUCGACAUGAGCAUUGAUGGCAAGAAGGCGGGGCGCAUCACGGCCGAGCUCUUUAUGGACAUUGUGCCCAAGACGGCCGAGAACUUUCGCGGCCUCGUGACCGGCGACAACGCGCUCGGCCUCCAGUACAAGGGCUCCAAGUGCCACCGCAUCAUCAAGAACUUUGUCGUGCAGUGCGGCGAUUUCGAGACGGGCAAAGGCUACGGCGGCAAGAGCAUCUACGGCGGCAAGUUUGCGGACGAGCCCGAAGGCCUCAAGCUCGAACACAGCAAGCGCUACAUCCUCCAGAUGGCCAACUCGGGGCCCAACAGCAACGGAUCGCAGUUUUGCUUCAUGCUCAGCGCCGCGCCGCACCUCAACGGCCGCCACGUGGUCUUUGGCGAAGUCAUCGACGGCUUCGAGGUCGUCGAUGCGAUGGAGACCUCGGGCGUCGAGCAGGACGGCGUCCAUCUCGACCACAACGUGGUCUUUGUGGACGGUGGCGAAAUCUUUGAUUAGUCAGCAAUCGAACUACAACUUCGACACGUUUACUUCGAACUUCGU